CUGAAUAUUAUAAUUAUUACUAGCUUCAUGUACUUGCAAAAGCUGUAAAGUGGAGAUAAGAAUGACUGCUUUGUCUGCUCCCCAAUUUAUAACUAAAAUCAAAUGAAAAAAAGAGUCUGAAAGCAUUUUGGUUGUUUGUGUUUAAGCCUUUUAUUACAGAAAACUUCAAACAUAACACAGAAGUAGAGUAAUACAAUGAACUUCCAUAUUCUCAACCUCACUUCAACAAUUAUUGACUCACGGCCACCAGUCUUAUAUCAAUUAUACAUUGGCUUUCUCCUGUAUUAUUUUGAAGCCAACCUAGACAUUAUACCAUUUCAUUCAUAAAUAGGAAAACAUUUUUAUGAACUAAAGUUCUAGGUCAGUGUAAGGAUUAUCUUGGAAUGAAGUGAAAAUGCAAUCUUAGAAAUAUGUUGAAUUCCAGUAAUUAUAAAAGUGUUCUAGAAAGGAGAAAAGUUAAUAUCUGGUUGAGAUAUACAAAGGGUUAAUUGAGCAAGACUUCCUGAGGUUAAAGAGCUUUGAAUUUUUAUUUUAAAAAGGGAGUGAGUAAUGAACCAGAAGAGGGAGACCAUUCCCUGGUAGAUCACAGAACGCCAGCUUGGCAGGAGGAGAGGUAGGAUUGCAGAUGUUAUGGGCUGAUGCCAAAAAGGCUAGAAGAAUAAAGACAAAUAUGUGGAAGCACAAUAUAAAGUUUCAUCAACUUUCAUACCGGGAGAUGGAGCAUUUGAGACAGUUCCGUCGAGACGUCGCCAAGUGUCUUUUCCUAGGUAUUCUUUCCAUUCCACCCUUGGCCAACUACCUGGUCUUCUUGCUAAUGUACCUGUUUCCUAGGCAACUGCUGAUCCAACAUUUCUGGACCCCAAAGCAACAAAUUGAUUUCUUAGAUAUCUAUCAUGCUCUCCGGAAGCAGUCCCACCCAGAAAUUCUUUGUUAUUUAGAAAAGGUUAUCCCUCUCAUUUCUGAUUCAGGACUCCGGUGGCAUAUGACAGAAUUGUGCACCAAGGUAUUCCUCCAAUUAACCCUUCCUGCAAACCAGGAAUCUUGUGAGAUCCAGCGUGCACUAAAACUGGGUAAGAAGGCUAGUCUGGACCUUCCUAACAUCUGCCCAUCUCUUACCUCUCCCAAGAUGCAACGUGGUACCCACCCAGCAAUACAUGAUAUCCUGGCUCUGAGAGAGUGUUUCUCUAACCGUCCUCUGGGCAUGAACCAGCUCCAUGCUUUGCAGAUGAAAGCCUUGAGUCGAGCAAUGCUUCUCACACCUUAUCUGCCUCCUGUCUUGUUGAGAUACCGUUUAAAGACUCAUACCACUGUGAUUCACCAACUGGACAAGGCUUUGGCAAAGCUGGGGAUUGGUCAGCUGACUGCGCAGGAGGUGAAGUCGGCUUGUUAUCUUCGUGGCCUGAAUUCCACCCAUAUUGCUGAAGAGAGGUGUCGAACUUGGCUGGGAGAAUGGCUGCAGCUUUCCUGCAGCCUGAAAGAAGCUGAGCUGUCCCUCUUGCUACACAAUGUGGUCCUGCUUUCCAUCAACUACAUUGGGACAAGGCGCUGAGCCGACAAGGAGCGGGUGGCAUUGUCCUGCAUGCAGUCACAUAGUCCAGCAGCGUGGGACCAAACAGCACUUGUCAGCAAAGAGUGUGUGCCCUGUUAGGCGUGUGCAAGGCAGAGGAGCAGGUGCCCGUGUGGCA